AUGGGCAUGCAGCCACGUCGCAUGCCGCCUCAUUACCACAACAAAGAAAAGGGGUUGCUGGCCAAGCCCAGGGCGAUCCCCCAGUUAUCAACAAUCAACCAGUGGCGAAUCCACAAGAGAUUACUGCUGAAAGUCAUUCUAGCCACUAUCAGCAACCUCCUGCAUCGGGACGACCUCGCAGCCGUCGACCUCGCGGGCCGGACGCCGACCUCAGACUGGGGUGCCGACUUCACCCCGAAGUCAGGGCCGAUCUCGCCGGGACCUGACCUAGCCGCUAACACUAAUAACCACAGUUCCCAAAAUCGCGAGCCCGGUUCGCCACCACCACCCUUGACCCGACCUAGCAGCCGCCGACAUCACCGUCGCGGAGCUCCGCCUUCAUGCCACAUAACGGGUCAACAACCACAAUCGCCGGCGGACUUCGACAAUCAUGCCGAACGAACUCUUGUAGAUGGCGGAAGAAAGGGAAUUGAUAUCGGUGCAGAUAAGACGGAUGGCUACCGCCGACCUUACCUUCAAGAAGCUCCACCUCCACUUAGUCGGGACGACCUCGCGGGCCGGACGCCGACCUCAGACCGGGGUCAUCAUCGAACCGCCGGGCCGACCCCGACCUCACGGCUGCCGAACCGAUUUACGGCCGAUGGCCGACCUCACACCCUCGCUGCCGGACUGAUUCUCCCUAGCGAGAUAACCUCACGUGCCGACUUCACCCCGAAGUCAGGGCCGAUCUCGCUGAGACCCGACCUAGCCGCUAACGCUAAUAACCACAGUUCCCAAAAUCGCGAGCCGGGUUCCCCACCACCACCUUUGACCCGACCUAGCAGCCGCCGACAUCACCGUCGCGGAGCUCUGCCUUCACGCCACAUAACGGGUCAACAACCACAAUCGCCGGCCGACUUCGACAAUCAUGCCGAACGAACUCUUGUAGAUGGUGGAAGAAAGGGAAUUGAUGUCGGUGCAGAUAAGACGGAUGGGCACAACAGGAAUGUUAAGCACUUGGAAGAACAAAUGCCAGCUGAUAAGAGGGCUUAA